CGCGGGAGCCGGGACCGGUGCUUUUCCCCGGUGGCACCAGCGGCGGAGGGGGCAGGCGGAAGAAGCCUCUGAGAUCCGGAGUCCGGAGGAGAGCGAGGCUGGAGGGGCGGUUCCCGUGAGGCUGUGCGGCUGCUGACCAUGGAGCCGGGCCAGCAGCGGCUCUCGCAGGCGAUACAUGGCCAUGGAAGCUAUGACUCUGAUUUUAGUGAUGAUGAGAACUGUGGAGAACCUAAAAAAAGAAAAAGGACAAUUAAUGAAGAUUCAUUGCUCAAAAAGCCAUUUCAGAAAGAAAAAUAUGCAAAAGUGUCUCAUAGACGUGUUGCAGCAGAGGAGCUGGAUCGGGAAGAAGCGAGAAAUAGAAGGUUUCAUCUAAUAGCUAUGAAUGCUUAUGAAAGACAUAAGAAGUUGGUGAAUGAUUAUAUUUUGUAUUAUGGUGGUAAAAAAGAAGAUUUCAAACGUUCAGGGGAAAAUGACAAGACAGACUUGGAUGUUAUAAGAGAAAAUCAUAAAUUCCUAUGGAAUGAAGAAGAUGAAAUGGACAUGACUUGGGAGAAGAGGCUUGCAAAGAAAUACUAUGAUAAAUUAUUCAAAGAAUACUGCAUAGCAGAUCUCAGUAGAUACAAAGAUAACCAGUUUGGAUUUCGAUGGCGAAUAGAAAAAGAAGUAGUUUCAGGAAAAGGUCAGUUUUUCUGUGGAAAUAAACGAUGCAAUGAAAAAGAAGGAUUAAAGAGUUGGGAAGUGAAUUUUGGCUAUGUUGAACAUGGUGAAAAGAGAAAUGCACUUGUGAAAUUAAGACUUUGCCAGGAAUGUUCCUUCCGAUUAAAUUUUCAUCACAGGAGAAAAGAAGUCAAACCAAAAAAGAUAAGGCAUAGAACUGAAGAAGAUUGUGAAGAAUCAUCACAUAAAAGAUCCAAAUUAUCUUCUUCAAAAAUGCAGACUUCCAAGAAAAAGAAGGGUAAAGAACAUUCUUCCUCAGAGAAAUCAGAAGGAUCAGAUAAUGAAAACUGUGAUGAGGAAGAAGGUACUUCAGAAGCAGAGCUAUGGAAGGGUCCUCUGCAGGAAACAGAUGAAAAAUCACAGGAAGAAGAGUUUGAUGAAUAUUUUCAAGAUCUAUUUCUGUGAAGCAUCAAGGAUGGAGCCUUUAUUCCUUAAUGUGAAAAUCUUCCUUGAGCCUCUUUUUUUAAUUAGACUUUUAUGUUUUCUUUAUCAAGUUGAAACUUGAGUAGUUUCUGUUUAGAAACAGCCAAUCAUCCAGCUACAUCUGACAGUAAUGUACUUUAUUUGACACAUUAACUUUGUUACAGAGUGCAGUUCUGCAUAACCUGUAGAGCUAAUUGCUUCUGUAGAGGCUUAAAUCACUUGGCCACAAAGUCAGUUUCAUCAGUGGUUAAAUUUGGACAGAUUUUCAAGAAGGAUGACAUGUGAUUUAUUUCAUCCUUGCUCACAAGGAAAUACUAUUUUAGAAAGGAAAAAAAAAACCUUCUUGCAUUGCUUUUUCCCCAAAUUUCUUCCUCAAGUCCAGUUCAUAUUUGACUAUAGAAGACAAUUCUUAUCUUAUAGCUAUUUCUCUGUGAUACUAUGAAAGCUAUAUGAAGGAAUCUUAUAAUUAGGAGUGGAAGUUUGCUGGAGAGAACCAUAAGAAGCAUACUGUUCUCCUUACCUCUGUCCUUUUCCAUAUAUCCUUAAAUGGAAUUUGUUUUGCUAAGGAACAGAGGAGCCAACUGGUUCUUGCAGAACCUCUACUUGAGAUGAGGGAAGAGAAGUGGGAGGUAGGAGUUGGGAAGUGAUAUUGACCAGGUAGGCCUUCUUCCCUCCUCUUGUUAAAUUUGCAGAGGAUUAUCCUUAGAAAAUCAGUUUUGGUAUGUGUUUUGUUCUUUGCUGUUAGUAUGUUCUUUGUUUAAAUUACUACUUGGAAGUGAGGCAACUUCUGAAGUGUGUUAUAAGUAAAGUAAUUCUAUAGGGAAUAUUAUAGGGAGGUGUGGUGGCCAAGUACUUAGCAAGCUGGCCUCUGUUUUCAACAGAAAAAUGUAGAUUCAUGUCAUGCCUCUGACACAUACUGGCUCUGUGAUCUGUGCAAGUCAUUUAACCUCUCAGUGCCCCUAGACAAAUCUCUUAUGACUCUCAUGUUGCAGAGCAGAUAUUAAUCUGCAUUAGUAGAGGGUUCCCCUAUGCCAAUGAAAUCAUUGGUCUAUGAAAUCUAAUGGUCUAGUCCAUUAUUAUUAUGAAUAUUAUGAAGCUGUGGGGAUGGCCUGUAGUAAGUGUUUUUGCUGGUUUGGUUAAUUGCCUACAAAAAUAUCCUACUACAAAAAAUGCUUUCUCUGAUCUCUCUAUCUACAAAAGUCAUUUUCUAAAAAUGUUGUUGAUUUUAUUCUGUUUAUGGGGAAGAGGAAAAGAAAAGUCCCCCUUUCCCCUCCUAUCUAAAUUCCCAGACCAUUUACUUCAAUAAAAUAUAACAGAAAAAAGUUUGCAGGCUUAGAGGUGGGGUGAAGAAGUUUGAAUGGCUCUCUUCACUUAGUAAUUUACUUCAGAGAAUCAGAAGCUGUAUUUCAUCCUUUAAUUCUUAGUAGGAUAUGAUUUCUAGUAGUGUGAUGAUAACUAUAUUAGCUCAUAUUACAUAAUUCUGGCUUAUUUACCAAGUGUUUUUGUCACAAAAUCUCUAUGAAGAAUGUUAUCAAUAGAGCAUGGUUCCACUACAACUAUUAAAAUAUUUUAUGUUUUUUACCAAUUCAGACUGGUUUUCUCCAUUGUAGUUACUCUAAAUAAUAAAAGUUUUAUUGAGGCUAAAUUAGAAAGCAAGUCAAGUUGGUCUUCUCCAUUCCCCUCUCAUUUCACUUUUCAUGACCCAUUCCCCCAUAAUUUUGGCAUCUUCAUUUACACACUUACUCUGUUCAGUCAGGGGGCAUGUCUAGCAUUCUCUCACUUUAGUCCCACCUGUCCUUGCCUGGCCUCCUCACUAUGUCUUUCCACACUUAGUAACCAAGUGGAAUUUGUUGCAAUAGAAGUCAUGGGCCACUUGAGUCCCAUAUACAAAAUUAUUACUGUUGUAUAUUUCAAACACUAGCUAUUAUCUUGGCCUCUAAGAGUUUGUGUGCUUUCUGAAGUGUUUGCCACUGAGAAAAACAGUUUAUAUACACUGAGAGGAUUUAACUGAAUAAGUUAUAUACAUAUACAUUCUUGGAUAUAGUAACACAGAUAACCUGUAAAAGAGAGUAGGUUCUUGGAUAAUGAUGGAUGGUAAUGAGAAAAUGGGUUAAAAGUGACUACAAAAUUCUAUUAGUUUCAUUGAAACCCAUAUCAAUACCAUGUUAACUUUUAAAGACUUUUUUAUAGAAUUGAUUAGUUAUUAUGAUAUUAAACCAUAAAAUGUGCAAUUGAAUCUGCUUUUUUUUAAUGUUCACUAUACCCAUUUAUUUAGUCAUCGAGUUUGAUGUAUCAGGCACUGUGGAGGAGAGUAACAUGGAUUACGCAAUUUGUUCUGUGCCAUUAGGAAGAAGUAAAUAGUCCAUUCCUGUGUUAGUUACUGUAAUAGCUUGUGAUCUACAUUGUGUUAAGUGAAUUUUCUACUCAAAUUACUAUUAGCCUAUGGUUUCAAUGAUAAAAAAAUGUGAUUUUUGAGAAUGGAAAGGAUUUGGUAUGUUUGUAAAG